CGUUUUCAUUCACAGUGCGAUGCGGAGUGCGUGAGGUGUGCGUCGGCUUACGCGAGAUCGGAGCCCGCGGCUUGCCGGCAACGUGUCGUACCGGCGAUGCGCGUCCCCGCGGAUGGACCAAUCUCUCGACGACCGCUAAAUCCUCCGGUGGAACCGUGACAACGUUCCCCAAAUGGUGCCGGUGUGUACGUAGACUUGAUCGAGACGACCAAACGACUCGCGAAGAGGAAUGCAGGAUUUCCCGACUCGCUUCGAUUAAGAUGGAGAACCAGGGAUACGAGGAGGACUCGGCUUCGCCUUCCCUCGGGUUCCCGGCGUCGCGCUCGCCCGGCGGCUCGGCGACGUCGAGCGUAGACGCUCACGUCUACGAAGACAUCGGCUCGGGCUCGGACGGGGAGGCUGGCUGCGCGCCUCGUCCGCUCCCAGAGCGCGUCUCGCCGCGCGAGCCGGUGGAUCGCGCGAGUGGAGCAAAAACCGAGGAGCGCCGCGGCUCGGAGGAAAACCCGGCGCUGGCGCGUCAGUCGAGUGCGCGCGCACCGCCGCCGGGCCCGUUCCACCGUACGUUGACGCUACCCCUGCAGAGGUCACGUGACGUCGGCUUGGCGGACCAAUCAGCGCGCGCCUCUAUGCGGGUGACCAAUCAGGAGCGGCUGGGGCGCUCGGCGGCAUGCGGGCCCGCGGUUCCGGUACCUGCGGGCGCUUCUGACGCGCCACUCGCGGCCGACCGGUCGCGGAGCGCGGAGCUCCAAGAUGGCGACCCGAGCGCCGCGCUGCGGCAGAGCAGGCGACGCAAGAAGAAGGACUGCAAGCAUUGCAAAAACAAGAUGAACGCCAAUUACGUCGAGGACGCGAGGCGCGCUCGGUUCACCUCAGUGCAAGAGGGCUGCGACUCCCGCCUCGGGGACGACGUUCCCUUGCGAAACGAUGCCAAGGGGCCCUCGCAAGCGCACCCGGUGCAGUCUAUGCAGCCACUGUUCGUCCUGCCGAACGGCAGGCUGCCCGACUUCGCCGCCGCGGCCGUUCGGACCCCCAUGCCAAAGUGCUCCGUCGCCAAUAACGCCAACUCCGUAUUCUCCGUUUCCAACAAUGUAAAUAGUACCCAUCGGGCCUCCGCGAAGGCCCUCAAUUAUAAUAAGAACGAUAUAGAGGCCAGGCUCGCCAAUGUCGAGGUCUGCGAGGACAAGGCCCUCAUCACGCCCGAGAAGAACCGAGGCGGCAUGAAGGUCAACUCCAUCUACUCGCAGGAGCACUGGAGUCUCAAGGAGGCGCCUAUAUUUAUUACGGAUCUUAAGGAACAAGGCCCUUUUCAAAGGGCCUAUUCCCUUCCCGCGAGGACGCACACCCCGUCCUCGGAAAAUCGUCUGAACCUUCGACGCAGCGUCAGAGGGGAACCUCCACCUCACCCUGCGAGGCUUCGGAAACAUCGUCACGGAUGGACCCUCCACUUCGCAAGGCCACUUCACGAGCCUGGAUGCACCAGGUCGAUCGUGAUGCUCCUGCUCGUGGUCCUAGCCCUGCUCACAAUCGGUGGGAUCGCACUUUACAUAGUUUUCGAGCCGGACAAGCUGCAGAUCAUUCAACAGUACCUGAGGUCUUCAGCUGGGAACGCGACGGCCUCGGUGAGGAAUUCCUCGGAGGUCGAGCUCGUUUCGGAACCGCUGAACGACACCUCGUCCUUCCCCGGCGCCUCGUUGAACGCCAGCCAAGCGUUUCCGGAAACCACGUUGCCGCCGGAAACGGAUGCGGAGGGCACGCGGACCGAAAUAAAACCGGAGCCGAACGCGACGAGGUACUGCGACGAUUGCGUCGCCGGCGAGGUAUGCGUCGCCCGCGUCGACGAGGAGGUCCCCACGUGCAGAGCGGGCCCCGAUCCCGCGGAUCCCACGGGAUGUGCCGGUCUCUGUUUAAUCAAUAAGCAAAAGUGCCAUCGAUUGGACGUGGACGCGUUCAGGUGCGUCGAGGUCGAGCAUUAUUGCCUGGACGACGAGUGGACGUGCUCCAACACUCUCUGCAUCCCGUUGACGAGGCAUUGCGACGGUCACAUGAAUUGUUACGACCACUCGGACGAGUACAAUUGCGCCUGCGACUUCGAGACGCACUUCCAGUGUGGAAAUGAGACCUCCUGUCUUCCUCUGGACAAGAGAUGCGACGGCAAGAUCGACUGUUGGGACGCGUCCGACGAGAUGAACUGUACCGUAGGUCAGGGUCUUGAUUGGUCUUGUCCCUUGGAAAGUGAGUUCACUUGUAGCAAUGGGCAAUGCAUACUUAAGGCUCGAUUCUGCGACGGAUUAGCGGAUUGUGCCGACAAAUCGGACGAGCCCCAAGGAUGCCAAGGCAGAUGCAACCAGCAUGAAUUCACGUGCCAGAACGACAGGUGCAUUCCUAAGGGAAUGAAGUGUAACGGCGUGGACGACUGCGGGGACGGAAGUGACGAGCAGCGUUGCAGGGAACGGUUCGCUUGAUUUCCGGGCAGAGAACGCGACAAAGGAAUUGGUGCCUCUGCAGAACCUUGUACGAUAUUCAUACAGUAUUCUGCAUAGAGAGAUCCGAAUAAUAUAUAAAUAUUGUAUAGGCUAAUGGACAUUAUGUAUAUUGUACGAAGUAACCGACGGAACAAUAAACACGCGAAUUUAC